AUGCCGCCACCAGACGAAGAAGAAUAUAAGAAGCUUGUGGCUUUGAUCAAAAAGUCGCUAGCGGGCGAUGCUGACGGGCGCGUUCAUGAACAAGCAAUUAUGAAAAGUCAUGAUUUUUUACUUCGUCAUCAAUCGGAAGAUCAUUGGUUUUGCAAUGAUUAUCUAUAUCCCAUUUCGUCAUAUUCGUUAAUAUUGUUUUCAUUUCCAAACACAACUUAUGGAUUAAAUUUGCAACCACACAUAGCAAGAAGUUUAACUCAUUGUGUUAAUUGUCUACGAAAUUUUGCCAAAGGAAAAGCAGAACUAAGAUUGAGUUUUGCUAUAAAGAAGAAACUACCUAUUCAAAAUGUUCAACAAUUCAUAACUACAGUAACUAAUUGGGAGAUUACGAAAUUAGAACCAUUGUUGGAGAUUACAUAUCAGCAAUUUAUGGAUGGAGAUUUAGUGGAUGAAGAUCAAGCAAAUAUAGUGAUACAUUGGUUGUUGAAUAACACAGAGAUACUACAGCAUAAGAAUUUGAGAAAUUUGUUUGAUUACAUUAUUAGUCAAGUGAAUCAUGGAAUUAUCAGUUUAAAACCAAAUACGCUUUUGCCAGGCAUAAUAUAUCUAUUAUUUGAGGGUACAUCAGAUGAAAAGUUAUGGGCCAAUCAAUGGAUAAAUACUUUGAGACGAGAUGGGAUUUUGUAUGAUAAAUCUGAAUUGAACGAGGCUAUAAUUCUUGAAUUUUCAAAGUAUCUAUACAGAAUUCAAGAUCCUGCAAAAUAUGAUGAUCAAAGUGCAAUACAAUUUUGGGAGGUGUUCAAUAAAAUCCUAGAUUUUAUUGACGCUGACGCUUUCAUAAUGAGAUUUAAUGAACCGGUUGAUAUUGAUGUCAUGAGUAGGCUCAACAAUUUAAGGCUAUAUUCAAUCACUAAAUUACUUGCGAAUAGCUUAAUGGCUCGAUUGAAUGAUCCAUUACCUACUUUACUUGAAGUCAUGACUAAGUUGUUGAAUAAGAUUCAAUCUACAUUUUGGUCAUUGACAGUUCUGAUAAAUUAUCUGGAGCUUACUGAUGGUAUAUUAACUAAUCCUGCACAUCACAAAUUACUAGAACAAGAACCAAUGAAGGAAGAUACAACAGAGUCGCGAAACCUUAAUAAUCUUUUGAAGUGGAUGUUUUCCGUUGUAAAUUCAAUACCGAAAUCACAAUCACAAUCAUUAAGUUUGAAACUAUAUUCCUAUUUAAGUAACUAUACAAUUAAUGAUAAGUCGCGGGAGAAUUCAAAGAUACAAAGAGAAACUUAUUUACACGAUUUGGGGUGUGAAUUCCUUGAUUCUGCAUUUGAUUUUGUUGACGACGGUGAAGUAUCAGAUUUGGAUUAUUCAGUGAAAUUGAUGGCCUUGAGAGAUCUUAGAUCUAGAAUCGAGUAUGUGAGUGAAAAAUUGAUGCUUUCGGCAAUAAAUGGUUCAACUGAUUCUUCAUCUCAUGCCCUUAAUGUCAUCACCAAAUGUUUGAAAUAUGACGUUGCCUUAUUGUGUCACAACAGUGUUUUGCUACUAGACUUUAAAGUUCCAGUUAUUUUCGAUACAUUCCCAAUGCUUUGGUCAGCUGUCAAUAAAUCAAAACUCAAUGCCAAUACCUUUGUAGCUAAAGAAAUAAUCAAAUGUUUUAAUAAACUUGUUGUUGCAAUCAAAUUUCAUCCAACUAAAAUUUCAGAUACUGACAAGAAUUUGACCGAUGGUAAAUCACAGCAUAAUGAAAACAUAGAUUCCAUUGUAAAAUAUAUUAAUCUGAUAUACGGAAAUAUAAGUCUUGCAUCAUCGUCUUCACUUAAUGAAAUAAUGAAAGAUCUGAAAUGUUUAGAAUCAAUUUGGUCUUGUAUUUUUUUUCCACAAACAGCUCAAUCUGCUUUGGAUAUAAUGGAUGGGAACUCCAACGCUGGUGGUAGGUUUGAAUUAAUUCAAGAUUGUUUGAAUAAAUAUUUGAAAGAAACGUUGAAUUCAAUCAAUAGAAGUAUUAUUAUUUUAACUAAAUUGGAAGCGUUUGAACCAAGUCCAAGGGCAGUAAGAAUUUUGAUGGAUACCGUUAAAGCUUUAACUGAUCCUUUGACCUCAAUCUUGUCAUCAAAAGAAAUUUCCACAUCAUACACUCAGGUUCAACAAUUUUGGAGUUCAUGUUUGUCAUUUUUGAUAAUGAUUUAUGAAAAAGCUAUGAUUUGGGCUAGUAAGUUUCAUAUGCACGAAUUAGUUGAGUUUACAAGAGAUACUUUAGAUUUGAGUCAUUUGUUAUUAGAGUCAUUUCGGGUGUUUGCAGAUGGUAUUUUUCCUUAUGCUGAAAAAGACUCCUCCAUUAAUUUAUUUGGAGCCUAUAUGAUCUUAUUUAAUAAUAUACUUGCUUGGUUGAAACUAGGUGAUCCAAUUCUUUUAAAUUAUUGUGUUGAUUUAGUCUUUAAAGUUAUUGAUCUUGCAUCUGAACAAAAAUUUCCAAUUAAUGAUGGUAUUAUUGAAACUUUAGCUAAAUUUGGUGUGAAAGCCAAAAGAUUUAAUAACAAAUUGUCAGAAAGUCAAAGAGCACAAAUAUUGGAAAAAGCUCGGGAAUUUAAUGAGACUUUGGUUGAACGAAUUGUGGAUGCAGCUCGAGAUUAUAGGUCUGGAAAUAAAGUUGAGUUGAUUACGAAAUCUGCUUCACCUGAGCUAACUGAAAUAAGUGACAAAUCUUUUAAAAAAUCUAUAAAAUCUGGAAUUCAAGAGAAACAACAACAAACACUAAGCAAGUUCACUCGUGUUUCAAGUGAACCUCCAAUUGCUCCACCGCAACAAAAAGAUGCUAAAGGAACUAACACAAUGGCAUCAUUACGUCAAGAAUUGCAACAAUCAAGACAAAAUAUCAAACCAGAAAAAGCUCCAGCACCACCUAGACCUGCGGGAUUCAAUUCUAAACGAGCCGCUCCUAUGAUUGGAAGGUCUUUAAAUGCAACUGCUCAUAAAGUGAAAAAAGUAGAAUCAGAUUCUUCAUCAGAAGAAGACGAUUCUGAAGUUGAAGAAUUAUUUGGCCGUACUAGGAGAAAAGUGAAAAUAACUGAAGUAGAUUUUAAUGGUAAAAAGAUUAGCCUGAUCAACAAACAAAAAAUGAUGAAACCGGUGGACCAAGAAAAACUUGACAGAGAAAGAAUGAGAAAAAGGUUAAAUGUUAGUCUUAACCCAUUGUAUCAAACAGUUUUAAAAUGGAAUUAUAAUUUGAACCUGGAUUAUCCUUCGAAAGAUACCUCAAUUUAUCAAAACACCAAGCCAGUUUAUAAAGAUGUAAAAGAAUAUGUCAAAGUGACAGAGCCUUUAUUAAUGUUGGAAUGUUGGCAAGCAAUACAGGCAGCUAAAAAUACAGUUGAUGAAAUUCCAUUCGAAAUAUUCGUUGGUUCUAGAACCAGUAUUGAUAAUUUUUUUGAUGUGUUUACUUCCAUGAACAAAAAAAUGAUCCUGGAUAGAAAAUUGACAGAGUCGGACCUCAUAGUUUUGGCAUGUAAUAAUGAAUCAAUCACCGAUCCAAUUGACCAGCGGCAUUACGUGAAAGCUGAAGAAUCACUUACUUGUUUGGCUAAAAUUAGACUGAUAAAGUCGGCUAAUCCUGAGUAUAGUGAUGUUACUAUUAGAGUUUACCCUACUGGACCAAUGAUGGCUGCAUUAACUCCAAAAAGUACAUUACUUGGAAUGAAAGUAAUGCAAAUGACUACUGUCGAAAGAGAAUUUUCUUCUUUGAAAGGUCUUGAAUAUUAUGAUUUGGCGGAAUCAAUAAUAAAAGCCCAACCAAAUAAACCAAUUGAAAUUAAAGAUGAAGAGGUCGAGCAUAUGUGUAAAACCUACGAUGUAAACAUAUCACAAGGAAAAGCAAUAAUGGGGACAUACAAGAGUGACGGUUUCUCAUUGAUUCAAGGUCCUCCCGGAACUGGUAAAACGAAAACUAUAUUGGGUAUAGUUGGGUAUUCAUUAUCUCAUGAAAAAAACGAAAAAUUAAUUGACAUUCCUUCUAAGAAAGCUAUUUCAACAGCCGAAAAGCCCAAAAUUCUCAUUUGUGCUCCGAGUAAUGCUGCUGUAGAUGAGUUAGUUAUUAGGCUACGUGAAGGUGUAAAGGAUUCAAAAGGUCAACACAUGGAUUUGAAAGUUGUAAGACUUGGUAGAAGUGAUGCUAUAAAUGCUGCUGUCAGAGAUUUGACUUUGGAGGAAUUAGUUGAUAAAGAAUUACAGUCAUCUCAGGUUGAUGUCAAAAUUGAUCCAAAUAUUAGAAAAGAGCAUACUAAAAAGAUACAAGAGAGAGAUCAAAUUAGAAAUAGAUUGAACACUGAAAGUUUAAAAGCUAACGAAAUUGAGGAACUUGAAAUUAAAUUAAGACAAAUUAAUAAAGAAAGAAGUGAUUUAGCUAAAAAGUUAGACGACCAAAGAGAGAAAUCAUCAAUUGCAUAUAGAACAAGGGAAAUUGAUAAAAGAAACAUCCAAGCAAAAAUUUUGGCUGAUGCUCAAGUUUUAUGUUCAACUUUAUCAGGUUCAGCCCAUGAUUUGAUUGCUAAUCUUUCGGUGAAAUUUGAUCAAGUGAUUAUUGAUGAAGCUUGUCAAUGUUUGGAAUUAUCUGCAAUGAUACCAUUGAGAUAUGGAUGUAAAAAAUGUAUAAUGGUGGGAGAUCCAAAUCAAUUACCCCCAACAGUCUUAUCACAAGCUGCGGCCUCUUACAAUUAUGAACAAAGUUUAUUUGUGAGAAUGCAACAAAAUUAUCCUGACAGUAUUUACUUAUUGAACACUCAAUAUAGAAUGCAUCCAAUGAUAUCUGAAUUCCCAAGCACUGAGUUUUAUAAUUCAAAAUUAAUUGAUGGACCAGGUAUGGAAGAAAAAAAUACCAGACCUUGGCAUUAUACACCACCAUUAACUCCAUACAGAUUUUUUGAUAUUGUUGGUAGUAAACAUGAAAAGAAUGAACUUACUAGAUCUUUAUUCAAUACUGAGGAAGCUAAUGUAUGCUUACAGCUAGUUCAAAAAUUAAUGACAAUGAUUCCUCAAGCAACAUUUACAGGUAGAAUUGGUAUAAUCUCACCAUAUAAAGAACAAAUCAAGAAGAUAAAAGAUGUAUUCACAAAAAAAUAUGGGAGACAAAUUUUGAAUGAAAUAGAUUUCAACACGGUUGAUGGAUAUCAAGGUCAAGAGAAAGAAAUCAUCAUAAUGUCUUGUGUAAGAGCUAGUUCAUCUGGAAACAUUGGCUUUUUGAGUGACGUUAGACGUAUGAAUGUUGCUUUAACACGUGCCCGUACAACCCUUUGGAUUCUAGGAAAUAAAAAAUCAUUAGAAACUAAUGAUGUUUGGAGGAGAUUGUUGAAAAAUGCGGAAGAUAGAAAUGCUAUAACUCAAGCAAAAUCAGGCUUUUUGAAUCAGUUUGAUGCAUCAGCUCCGAAACGUUCAAAUGACUUCGAUGUUCCAAAACCAGCAAAAAAGGUUAAACAUAAUGAGGAUACAAAUAUUACAAAUAAACUUGAUAGGACUUCAAAUGUAAAAUCGACCGACACCCCGUUGGGCGCUUUAUCACCACUGGAAGGGUCUGCUGAAUCUGUUAAGAAUGGUUUUAAUCGUGGAACAACCACCAGUAGCUUUACAGAAUCAAAAUCAUCUGUGAUACUAGAUGAGAUAAAACCUACUUCUUCUGGUACGUUACCCAGAAGAUCCAACUCAUCGAAUCCACAAAAUUUCUCCAAUAAUGGCUCCAAAUCACUGCAACCUAAACAAGAUUCAAGUUCAAAAAAAUCAGAUCAGGUUGAUAACGGUAAAAGAGUCAACAAAGCUAAACCUUACAUUCAUAAUUCAUCUCCAUCAUCCACCAACAAUAAAGCGAUAAACAAAGAGCAAAGAAAACCAACAUCAUCUGGUAUGGUGUUACCACCAAAGCCGAAACCAGCACCGAAGCCAAAAUCAAGUGUAUUCAUACCUCGCAAACCAUAUAAUCAUAGAUAA